AUGGCCAUGUCCUUCGGCCGAUUCCUGGCUCGCAACAUCCUCACCUUGACCAAGUCCAAUUCCCUUCCCCUCUGCCGUAUUCAUGCCAUCAACCGCUUCAUCGACAACCCGUGGAAGGUGGCAGCAAUUGGCAUCCGCUUCGAGUCCACCAAGGCUCCAUCUAAAGCCGGGGCCACUGCAAAGAGGGCUGUGAAGGGGAAGCCUGCCGCCAAAAAAAAAACCACCGCGAAAACCACCUCGAAGAAGGGGAAAGCUGCUACCGGGUCAAAAUCCACUGCAGUUAAGAAGAAGAAGCCAGCUAUCAAGAAGGCCUUGAAGAAGAAGAAGCCAGCUACCAAGAAAGCCGUGAAAAAGAAGAAGAAGAAGACUCCUAAGGUUCUCACUCCGGAGCAAUCGGAGCGCCGAAAGAAACUUACCCUCAGGACACGCGUUCUCAAGGCCCCUAAGAUCCCUGUAACCAAUCCAUUUACUACCUUCGUGGCUCUCGGAGGGGGCACUGUAGGCGUGGACGCAGCCAAUAAGUGGAAGGCGCUUACUCCAGAGCAACGGCGGGUAUGUUUAUUCGUUCUUUGGGUCUUGUAUAAUAUGCACAUGCUCUUUUAUGCCAACUCCGACAUAUAUAUGUCAAGUUUGUAAUGGAUUGGCUGACAGUGAUAUGUAGGAAUACGCUGAGAAGGCCAGAGAUCUUCACCAGACCGGUCUUCGGGAUCAUGAGAAGUGGGUCAGGAGCAUGGAUCCCCAGGAGGUUUACAAGGCCAACAGGGCUCGCAAACAUCUUAGGCGCUUGGGUAGUAGUGUCCGCGUGAUCGAUGACCCUAGAAUUCCCAAGAGGCCUGUCCCCCCCAUUGCCGCAUUCUUGAAGAACCAGUGGGGCGCUGGAACCUUCGUCAAUCCAGACGGGUCCAAGAUGAAUGCUAUCACGGCCUUGCGGCACUCUCACAAUCUAUUCGAAAAACUUUCUGCUGCCGAAAAGAAGGUAUUUUUCUCGCCCCCCCCCCGAUAAUUGCUUUGGCGCAGCCAAGGGCCACAUUGAACAUAAUAUCUAAUGAAAUUUAUUUACUUCCAUGUUCUAGGUAUACGAGGAUCGGUAUGCGGCGGAGAGAGUCGCCUACAAAAAGGCAAUGGAUGAAUUGAUUGGGGAUCUUAACAAGCUUUAAUCGAUCAGAUUGGAUAAUGUAGGAGGCUUGGACUGGGUGUACACCCCAAAACUUGCUUUUUUUCCUUCCUUCUUCCUUCCCUCAUGCAACUUCUCAUCACAGUCUAUCAUGUCGUAACUCUGGUCGUCGUAGUAGUUGUUGCUGUUGUAGCGGUGGUGAUGGCAUUUCGUGGUGGUUGCCAGAAGUCUUUUUUUCUUUCCCUCUUUCCUUCUCCUAUUUCCUCACGUUUUUACUUUGAUUGGGGGAGAAAUUAGGUCAAGUGAAUCAGGACCCACCAGCCUUAGCUUUAGUACCAAUAACGGAACACUCUUUUUCAUGUCCCUUCAUUCAUUCAUUCCUUUUACAAUACUGGUGGACCGCCGUAUUAGUAGUACAAGUACAAGAGCGAUAGUGGUAGCCGAAGCCCCCACCACACCAAAUUACCAUAAAAUAGCCCGUUCCGUAUCAAUCAAACCUUC